CUGCUCUGGAUGGCUGUGCACAGCACAGCCAUCCAGAGCAGUGUGAUUACAGUGAAGCACACUGACACAGCCCCCUAAUAAAACACUCUCUGCACACAGUUAACACUUUGAUCGCCCCUCAUAAUCCCUUCCUGCCCAGUGCCAUUAGCACAGUGACAGGGGCGGACUGACAACUCAUGGGACCCCCGGGCAAUAGGAAAUCAUGGGGCCCCUGUGUCCUUGCCCACACUCAAACCACACCCAAAAAAAGCCUAUGAAAGGUACCAGGGGCAUCUCAUGGGACCCCCUACUGACCCUGGGCCCUCAGGCAGUGCCCGAGUGCCUAAAUGGUCAGUCCGCCCCUGGU